AUGGAAUCAUCUCCCGACGUCCCCGUCGUUACGGGGUUAGAAGGUGAGCAGCAGGAUUUUACUGAUGUAUGGUUGUUCAGCCAUGACGGACACGAUCAUUCGAUCGACUUUGUUGAAGAAGAUGAUGAUGGUGACGAGGUACACAUUGACCACAACGAGACCAUUGACUCUAAAGAACCAACGUUGGAAACCGGUGUCGCGCUCGAUGUGUCCUCAACCGCCGACGAUUCCGAUGACGAUUUGGAAGCAGGGGCGCUAGUCCAUGCCGAUUUCAAUGCAACUUGCCGCUUCGCUGCCCGUUUUGGUGCCGCGGCCAUCAACAACGGAAGCAUUGCCGAGAACCUGGAACGUUUCCUCCCGAGACUCAUGUCGGUGUUUGGGUACUAUGGAUUCUUCACCUUCAGUACGCAUGAACUGUCUUGCAACUUUGAACAGCGGGACCCUCUGAACACCAAUGAGACGAUUGUGCGCACUCAGAAUGUUGCCGUUGAAGCCGGCGGCUUUCAGCUGACCAAGCUUGGCCAACUGUCGGAUCUUGCCAAGGACCUCAUCGAUGGCAAGAUCGGUAUCCAGGAGGCCAACAAGCGACUCGAUGAGAUUGAAACCGCUCCGAAUCCGUGGGGUAUCAUGUUCAGCGCGAUUUGCUUCUUGGCCGUUGGUGCCACGCUUCCAGCACUGCUUGCAGGAACCUGGUGGGAUAUGCUGGUCGGAUUCUUUGCCGGAGGCCUGGCCUACGGUGUUAUUGUUUUGUUUGAUGCUUGGUCCACGCGUGUCCACAUCUGGAUGAACUUGGUGGCGGCCUUUUUGUGUUCGACUCUGGGCUUUGCUGUCCAACUUGUGAGGCCAGAAGUGGAUCCCACCAUUGUGACUCUAUCUGGUGUUGCCAUCUUGCUUCCGAGCUCUACCAUCGUCUUGGGCAUCAAUGACAUGGUGUCCAAUCACGUGAUCUCGGGUUUUGAGCGACUCAUCAAGGGACUCGUCAUCAUGACAUGGCUUGCCCUUGGUUACGUGCUGGGAAUGUCCUUUGUCACUGCAAUGGCUCCUGAAAUGGCCGACGAGGCAGCCAAAGCCAAGAUGAUGAUGGACACGGAGCCAAUUCCGUUCCUAUGGCAGCUACUGUUCAUACCCAUUCUCUGUUCAUCCAUUGCCACGUGCGGUUUCCAAAUGACGGGCAGAGACUUGAUUGGCGCCAUCAUUUGCAUGAACGUUGGCUAUGCCACUUCAUACUUUGGCAUCCGGUUUUUUGAUGCUCCGUACGUGGGCUCCUUCAUGGGUUCCAUUGCCAUUUCCUUGUAUGCCAACUUGUGGAGUCGAUACUUCGAUAGGCCAAACACCAUCAUCUUGUUUCCAGCCUUUCAGUUGGUUGUGGCGGGUAUCGUCGGGUUCAUGGGCUUGACACAGAUUUUCGAAGGCACUGGUGGCGGCCACGAGCAAGUCUUGCACAUGUUGGUGGUGGCAGGAGUGGUUGUUCCUCGUUGGGUGGAACGGAUCGACAGCCUUUUACCCGAUCUGAAAGGACCUGACGCUGGAGGAAACUCGGCAAAAGCUUGCUGUCGGCCCAACACACGCCCUUGGUAUUUCCUACAUAAGUAAGACUAGUCACUAGCUAGUUUUAACAAAGUACGGCCUGCUGGAAGUCAAACGUCGUAUCUACGAAAGCUAUAGCUAGCACAACCAGCUCUUUCAGCUAUUCAGUGGGCUGAACUUGUGUGCAUGUAGCUAUUUCAACGCACCAAUUUGAUCAUGAAUCGAAUCGCCAGACCUUUUGGCCCCUUGUCCACAAAAGGAGCAUGGUCAUCCAAGACAAAAGUUUGCCCCAUUGGCAAAUCGUCUUGCUAGAAGCCCUUUCAUUCGCUCUUUCAACCUUGCACUUGCUAUUUCGGGGGUUGGAAGGGAGUACAGCCGGUCCAGUCUUCCCAAUGGACAUUUGGCAGAAAGAUGAAAUUUAGAUGUGAUUUCUCUGGGCAAAACUGAUUUUGCCAUUGACACCAUCAUCUUGAAGAGUGGAGGAGCAUUAAAAAAUUUGACUUGCUGCACAUUUCUUGGAUAUGCAUGCACACUCCUCCAAACUGAUCGAAAUGCAGUCAAGUCAAAUGAUUUCCCUUUGACCAUCUGGUGCCCCUCACAUUCAAUAAGAAUAGUAACGCCACCCCUGAGUGCCUCAAAAUCACAAAAUGACAUAUAGGAAGCAUAGAAUUGCCUGCGGUUGUAGGAGCGUGUCUCCUCUGGAUUCCUCCACAUGGCUCCAUUGAUCGUUGUAGCAUCCAAAGACAUAACGUAGCCACCAGAUUGGAGAUUGUAGUCAAUAGAGAGGAAACUAGCUUCUUUCGGCAAAUUCCUCAGUGCAUCAUCCAAUGUGUCCAUUAUUUCAUUGUCUUUCUUAUGCUCUUGAAGUCUGAACGCCCUCACAACGGCAUCGUCAACAUUGCCUUGAGAAACAAUGGCUAUCUGAGCAUACACAAAAUCCGUCAAAUUAUCAAGAUCUGGGAUUUUUUCAAUGGCAGUUUUGAUGGCAACGGCCCACUGAUGCUCUUCCUGAGUCAGCUCCAUUCUGGAGGGAUUAUUUUGCCCACAAAGAUCCGCAGCAAGCUCGUUCAUGAUGGUGGCAUUGUUGCGUCCUGUGGCUUGGUUGGGUGACAAUUCCUUUGUUGGAUCUUCCUGGUUGUCGUCUUCUGUGAAUCCAUCAUCAUCAUCACUAUCACUACUGGAGUCACUACUACUGCCAGAGUAUGCGUCAAUGUCUGCCUCAUUGCCAGAGUCGUUGCCUGACUGUUCUGCAGGUAGUUUGUUGUUGUUGUUGUUGUUGUUGU